CGAAAACUAAAAUAAAGAAAGGACAAAAAAAAAAAAAAAAACCAAAAAAAAAGAAGCUUAAGCUUCAUCUUCUUCUUGAUAACGUUAAUCCUAAAUGGCGACUUCGAACGGCUUUCUUCCUCUGCUAUCGUCUCAUCUUCGUCCUAGUGCCAAUAGUCGUAUGAUGUGGAGUUGUAAUCAGAGCAGCAAACCUCCUCCUCGGAUGGUCAUCAGCUGCUCUUCUUCUGAUAUGCUGCCUCUUCCCGAUUCCACCAAUUUCAGUUUGCUUUCAUUUGUUAACUUCAUGAUUAUAAACAGAACUCAAGCAUCAACCAUGAUGCCCUUUGAGUUGCAAACUGAUGAAGCUGCCAUGUCCAAGCCAUCAUAUAAAUGGCGUCGAGUGUUGCUGAAAGUAAGUGGGGAAGCACUUGCAGGAGACCAUGCACAAAAUAUUGAUCCGAAGAUUACAAUGUCCAUUGCAAGAGAAGUAGCAUUUGUGACUCAGCUUGGAGUAGAGGUUGCUAUAGUUGUUGGUGGAGGUAAUAUCUUUCGUGGAGCCUCUUGGGUAGGAUGUAGCGGGCUUGACCGUUCAUCUGCUGACCACAUCGGCAUGCUGGCGACUGUUAUGAAUGCAAUAUUCCUGCAAGCAACGAUGGAGAGCAUUGGCAUCCCAACACGUGUUCAGACAGCAUUUCGCAUGUCUGAGGUUGCAGAACCAUACAUCAGAAGAAGGGCAAUUAGGCAUUUGGAGAAAGGAAGAGUUGUGAUCUUUGCAGCUGGAACUGGCAACCCUUUCUUCACAACAGAUACAGCUGCAGCCCUCCGUUGUGCAGAAAUAAAUGCUGAGGUCGUGCUGAAAGCUACAAAUGUCGACGGUGUCUAUGACGAUGAUCCCAAGCUUAACCCGAAUGCCCGCCUUCUUGAAACUCUUAGCUAUCAGGAUGUGACUACGAAGGAUCUGUCAGUCAUGGACAUGACUGCUAUCACCUUGUGUCAGGAAAACAAUAUCCCUGUUGUUGUUUUCAAUUUAACUAAACCUGGGAACAUCUCGAAAGCUAUUGUUGGCGAGAGGGUAGGCACCUUAAUUGGCAGGACAUGGCAUUCAGCACUCACAGAUUGAAAGCUGGGAUGAUUUGCUUUCAGAAAAGCAUAAUGCGUUCAGGUUUCAAAGACAAAUGAUUUGAAUUUGGUAGACGGCUUUUACGUGAGGCUCCCUGACUUAAUGAUGUAGCCGCCAUUUGUUUUUCCAGGUAUGGGAAUCUGGUUGAUGUACAUGAAUUUUGUAGAAUUGAAUGUUUUUAAUCUUUACACAAUGUUCAGCUUCGGGCUGAGAAGAUUCUUUGUUAGCCUGGUAAUUUCAUGAAAUGAUAAAGUAGCCCGCAGUCUACUUAUGAUAUGUAAACUAACAGUUUUUAUUCA